AAUGACGAUUGCGGGGACCCCCAAGAAUCUCAAUCACCCAAUUCUUUUCAUCUUACCAUCAUUCAUUUGAGGAUAUACAACAUCUUCAAAACUUAUAAUGACGACUCAAGCUGAUCCUGAGAGUCUUGCGCGAAGUACUGAGCAGACGCCGCUGCUAGCGGACCAGCCAUCCCCGGAGAUAAAUGAAGCCGAUAAUGAGCCGGAAGCCGAGCCGACUCCGGAGAAAAGGCCGAAGAGCUGGUAUGCUUGGAGGAUAUUCUGGGCUGUGCUUGCGAUAGUGGUAUUGGCGGUUUUUAUCAAAGGCUGGAUCGAUGCAGAUGAGACUGAGUUUGACCUCAAGAAAGCCCUCAAGCGGGCUCUUGGCGGAGGACUCAGUGGCGCGGCAGCCAUGGUGCUGCAAGUCUUACUACUGAUGCCUCUGCGGACAAUUAUGAACUAUCAGUAUCGCCACGGCACGUCCUUUACAGUUGCCACGCGGACUCUUUACACCGAGGGCGGAAUUCGAAGAUACUACCAAGGCAUCGCACCUGCGUUGUUCCAAGGCCCAAUCGCAAGAUUCGGAGAUACGGCUGCCAACGCUGGUAUUCUCGCCUUGCUCCAAUCAAACCCUUACCUCAAGAAUCUUCCAUCACCUAUUAAGACCAUUUUUGCCUCUCUAUGUGCUGCUGCGUUCCGCAUGAUCCUCACUCCAAUCGACACUUUGAAGACAACCCUCCAAGCUCAAGGUGCCCGUGGAACAGCCCUUUUGCGACGACGUAUCAAAUCGAACGGAAUUGGCAGCCUGUGGUGGGGAGCUUUCGCUACCGCUGCUGCUACUUUUGUCGGCCAUUAUCCUUGGUUCGCUACGUACAACUACUUGUCCGAGGUCAUUACUGAGCCCCCCAGACAUCCUCUGUUCUGGUGGUUGCUCCGUCUCGCCUUCAUCGGCUUCUGCGCUUCAAUCGUCUCCGAUUCCAUCUCCAACUCACUGAGAGUUGUCAAGACCUAUCGACAAGUCAAUGACACCAAGGUUUCGUAUGCCGAAGCUGCACGCGCUGUGGUCAUUCAAGACGGGGUUAUCGGCCUCCUCGGACGUGGACUCAAGACUCGCAUUUUGGCCAACGGCCUACAGGGCAUUCUGUUCUCUAUUCUCUGGAAAUUAUUCCUCGAUCUGUGGGAAAAGAAGACCUGAGUGUAACGGGCCAGACCGAUAUCAAUAAAGGUUUCGGCUCAUCUGUUGAGCAAAGAUAUUUAUGAAGGAUACAACUCAAUAGAUUCUAAGAUGGUUUUGCAUGUUUUCUCAUCAUAGCAAGUCAUAUUGUAGCAACUCUGUCUCCGCAUAGGUUUUAAGCAGCUAGACACUAAAUUAUUGAAAUUUCCUCCAA